AUGUCGGGCAAACUGGAAGAGUACCCGGAGUGGAAGACCAGGUACAAGUCGUGCGGAGACGCUGCGCAGUCGCCGAUCCAUGUUAGGUACCUGGACAGCCAGUUCCGCCAGUUCAAGCCUAUCUAUUACACCGGAUUCGAGAACCUCUACGGGUACUUCGUCGAGAACGGCGCGCACGGCAUCUACAUCACCCUGACGGCCGGAACGGUGAGCAUCUACGGCGGGCCGCUGCCCGUCCGCUACAACCUGUCUCGCGUAAUCCUGCGUUUCGGGCGAGCGACGGGACCCGGCUCCGAGCAUCGCAUCGAUGACGAGGAGUUCGUCGCCGAGAUGCAGCUUCUGUUCUCUUCCAAGAAGCCAACCACAACAAGCUGCCUUUACGAUAAUUCUGGAGCCGCCAUCCUGGCUGUCCUUUUCCGCACACCUUUCUUGGAGCGAAGCCAAAGGCAGGGGGAAUUGGUGUCGCUGUUUCCCGCUUCUGUGCUGAAAGCUGAAGAACCAGCGCGUGCUUGGGGCUCGCAGGAGGUUCCGGGGAGCGUGAAGGGCCUGGAGCCCCUCGUUCAGAGCACGCGGCAGCUGCGCGGCGCGUGGGGCGCCCGGGUGCCGGUGAAGAUGCGGUUGAGCGCGCUCAUGGCGCCCAAGGCGCAGCACUACUACGCCUACGCGGGGUCGCUCACUUUCCCGCCCUGCACGAGCAGCAUACCCACCAUGGUGAUGGCCAAGCCCGCCACCAUCGGAGAGGACCAGAUUGACGCUCUUCGACGGAACAUGUUCGUGUCCCUCAACUACUGCGUCUACCACAUGGCCGGCCAGUUGAGGCCCACCUUCGACGCACAGAACCGCGACCUGUACCGCUCGUUCAAGUACUUCAGCAGCCGCAGCGGCGCCGGUGCACCACCGACGGCAGUGUUGCUGACGCUGCUACUGCUGGGCCUAACCUUUAGGGCUGCAGCGCCAUUAACCGAAACGUGGAUUCUGUGCCGAGACUGA